UGCGUGCGCAUCCUUCGGGGCUGCCGCCAUCUUGUGCGCGGUGGUGUGGGCCUAGGUGCGCGCAGUUGUUACCGCGCUUCUCGGGACGAGUCGAGGCCCGGUGGGGCCCUGAGGAGGCACCAUGCCGGCCGGACCCGUGCAGGCCCUCCAGCCGGCGCAGCCCUCGCCCCCAGAGGGCAAACAGCCAGAAGAGGAGCCAAAAGAAGAAGCAGCACCAGCCAAACCCGUUGUGGGAAUUAUUUACCCUCCUCCGGAGGUCAGGAAUAUUGUUGACAAGACUGCUAGCUUCGUAGCCAGAAAUGGUCCAGAGUUUGAAGCUCGAAUUCGCCAGAAUGAAAUAAACAACCCAAAGUUUAAUUUCUUGAAUCCUAAUGAUCCCUACCAUGCAUACUACCGGCACAAAGUUAGUGAGUUCAAGGAGGGGAAGGCACAGGAGCCCUCAGCUGCUGUUCCCAAGGUCAUGCAACAGCAGCAAAGUACCCAGCAACAGCUUCCUCAGAAGGUGCAAGCUCAGGUGAUCCAGGAGACAGUUGUUCCAAAGGAGCCACCUCCAGAAUUUGAGUUCAUUGCUGAUCCUCCCUCCAUCUCUGCCUUUGACUUGGAUGUGGUGAAGUUGACUGCACAGUUUGUAGCUCGAAAUGGCCGACAGUUCUUAACUCAGCUGAUGCAGAAAGAACAGAGGAACUAUCAGUUUGACUUCCUGCGACCACAGCAUAGUCUUUUUAACUAUUUCACUAAACUGGUUGAACAGUACACCAAGAUCUUGAUUCCACCUAAAGGCUUACUUAUCAAACUUAAGAAGGAAGCUGAAAAUCCCAAAGAAGUCCUGGAUCAGGUGUAUUACAGAGUAGAGUGGGCCAAGUUCCAGGAGCGAGAGAGGAAGAAGGAGGAGGAGGAGAAGGAAAAGGAGCGUGUAGCCUAUGCCCAGAUUGAUUGGCAUGACUUCGUAGUGGUGGAAACAGUAGACUUCCAGCCCAAUGAACAAGGGAACUUCCCCCCUCCCACUACUCCAGAAGAACUUGGUGCCCGCAUCCUGAUCCAGGAACGCUAUGAAAAAUUUGGUGAAAGUGAAGAAGUAGAGAUGGAGGUGGAGUCAGAUGAAGAAGAUGAAAAGCAGGAAAAGACAGAUGAGACUCCAGCCCAACUAGACCAAGAUACACAAGUGCAGGAUAUGGAUGAGGGCUCAGAUGAUGAAGAUGAGAGUCAAAAAGUUCCACCUCCCCCAGAAACUCCAAUGCCGCCACCUCUUCCCCCCACUCCUGAUCAAGUCAUUGUGCGGAAGGACUACGAUCCAAAAGCUUCCAAGCCUUUACCACCUGCACCAGCCCCAGAUGAGUAUCUUGUCUCCCCCAUCACCGGAGAGAAAAUUCCUGCUAGUAAAAUGCAGGAACACAUGCGAAUUGGGCUUCUGGAUCCUCGCUGGUUGGAGCAGAGGGAUCGGUCUAUUCGUGAAAAGCAGAGUGACGAUGAGGUUUAUGCCCCAGGCUUGGAUAUUGAAAGUAGCUUGAAACAGCUGGCAGAGCGCCGUACCGAUAUCUUUGGUGUGGAAGAAACUGCUAUUGGUAAAAAGAUUGGAGAAGAGGAGAUCCAGAAGCCAGAGGAAAAGGUGACUUGGGAUGGCCACUCUGGCAGCAUGGCCCGUACACAGCAGGCUGCUCAGGCCAAUAUCACCCUGCAAGAGCAGAUUGAAGCUAUCCAUAAGGCCAAGGGGUUGGUGCCAGAAGACGACAGCAAGGAGAAGAUCGGACCCAGCAAACCCAAUGAAAUGCCCCAGCCUCCACCUCUUUCAUCUGCUUCAAAUCCCCCAGUUAAUGCUCAACCAAUCACUUCUGUGCCUCGCCCUCCCUCAAUGCCACCUGUCCGUGCCACAGUUGUUUCUGCAGUUCCUGUCAUGCCUCGUCCCCCCAUGACUUCUGUGGUCCGUUUACCUCCAGGCUCUGUCAUAGCUACCCCCAUGCCACCGAUAAUACAUACUCCACGCAUCAAUGUUGUCCCGAUGCCACCAUCUGCUCCUCCCCUCAUGUCCCCUCGCCCACCUCCUAUGAUAGUACCAACAGCAUUUGUCCCAGCCCCUCCCGUGGCUCCAGUACCUUCGCCAGCACCAAUGCCUCCUCACCCACCACCACCUAUGGAUGAUGAACCUGUGUCAAAGAAACUGAAAACUGAAGACAGCCUGAUGCCAGAGGAGGAGUUUCUGCGUAGGAACAAGGGACCAGUCACAGUCAAAGUUCAGGUUCCCAACAUGCAGGACAAAACAGAAUGGAAGCUGAAUGGCCAAGUGCUGGUGUUCACCCUCCCACUCUCAGAUCAGGUCUCUGUUAUAAAGGUUAAGAUCCAUGAAGCAACAGGAAUGNCUGCAGGGAAACAGAAGCUACAGUAUGAGGGCAUCUUCAUCAAGGACUCCAACUCUUUGGCUUACUACAACAUGACAAGUGGCUCUGUGAUUCACUUGGCACUCAAAGAAAGAGGGGGCAGAAAGAAGUAAAAGCCACAGAACUCACAGCUGCCAUAUGGAUGCCCUGCUGUUCUGUGUAAACCAAAAACUAGGAUCCUCUGUCUUUGGAGGAAGAAUGUGACCAGGUGAAACAUCAUCAGCCCAGCAUGCUUACUAACCCCCAGUUUGGAACUGUAGGCUAUAUUUUGGUCCUUAAUUCUAUAUCCUGUAAUCAGAGGGGUUAUAAGCCUAGUGAGAUCUGAUAUUCCCCUGACAAAGCUGUAUAGACAUUGUGAUUUAGUAUGUAAUCUCAACAGUUUUUAGUGUUUGUCAUGCAAGCACUUAGUGUAUGUGACUGCUGCAAUGCUGUUGUUGGUGUUCACAUAUCUCUGUUUCAUUCCUUACAGAAGUAGCAUAUUAUUCUGAGGUCUUGUCCAAGUUGCAUUUUUUUAAAAAUCUUCAUUUUUCAAAGAAUUUAUGAUGAUACAGGGAGUAUUGCCUGCCUGAUUUAAAAUGCUGAUCUUUUAAUUUAACUUUUGUAACUGACUCAAAUUAAGAAAUUGGCAAAUAAACCUUUUGCUCCCUCUCUGAAAUCUGUGCGCAAGUGUCUUGCACUGAUUUCUGCUUUGAAUCUUCUUCUUUAGUAUGAAUGACUAUACUUACAUUUUGAUAAAUGUGAUAUGGCAUUUUUUUAUCCUGCUGUAACUUAUAUAUUCAUCCUGAACAGUUUGGACUGGUUUUUAAAACAAAUCACAAUCUUGGUGAGAAAUAUUUCAAUUGGAACUGUUCAGUUCUCACAUUUAGAUGUUAUUUGUAAUAUAUUAAGACCAACCCAGUUAUGCAGCAGUCUAGUUGCAGUUCCAUUUAGGGUGCUUAUGCUGAAAGUUCUUGGGGUUAAAGAUUUGUUUCUGCCUUCUUUAUACUUUCUGAAAGGUGAAUCAAUUCAGUGUGCUCCAAGCAGUCAGCUAAUCUUUGGUAUCCUUGAGUAUGUGAGAAGGUCUUCAUUGUUCUAUAAUACAUUCUCUGAACUUUUAGGAUCAUCCAAAUUAGAGCGGUCAAUUAAUCACAAUUGACAUGCGUGAUUAAUGCAUUAAUCAUUGUUCGAGUUAAUUUUUUUAACAUGUUAAUUGCUCAUGUGGUUUUGGAGCCAGUGCCUGGGCUCUGCUUCAUUGCUGUUACUGCCACCUCAAGGCUGCCCUGUGGGGCAGCAGUGGCAGUGCAGAGUACCACAGGGUAGCCUGGGUGUGGGUGCCAGGCAGCUGCAGCAGUGGGGAGAGGCACACGCAGACAUGCAGCUGCAGCCUGCG